UAAUCUCCACGUGUAUCAGUAAUUAAAGUGACUUCUAAAAACCUCUAAGCAAAGCAGAGCGAUUUCUUCGAAAUUUGUCGAAAGCAUUAAGCUUGUUCAACAAAGAAUCGAAUGGAAUGAAAAUUGACCAACACCAUGACUGCUAAUUACUAUUUUGCAAUUGUUGGUCACGCCGACAAUCCCUUAUUCGAAAUAGAAUUCAACAAUUCUGGAAAGGACUCGAAGAAGGAAGAUUACACGCAUUUGAACCAAUUCAUUGCACACGCUGCAUUAGAUCUUGUGGAUGAACAUACAUGGAAAACAACAAACAUGUAUUUGAAAGUCGUGGACAAGUUUAACCAGUGGUUUGUCAGUGCUUUUGUCACUGCGACUCACAUUAGAUUUGUCAUGGUACACGACAGCAAAAAUGAGGAUGGGAUAAAGAAUUUUUUCAAUGAAAUGUACGAAACAUAUAUAAAGUAUUCCAUGAAUCCAUUCUACAAAUUAAACACACCUAUUAAAUCUGUUGGCUUUGAGAAAAAAGCGCAAUUAUACGGCAGGAAAUACUUGUCUUCCUAAGUCUGUUUAUUUUAAAUUUACAGAGUAUAAUAGAUACUUUACAAACAUCACAUUGUUAUUUAUUGCUAGAUAUUAUUAUUAUCAUCUAAUCUACAAUCAUUCUAAAUAUUUUUGUAAUUUUAUUUUCACUGUAAAUACGACAUUAUCAUUAAAAUCUUACGAUACUGUA